UGCGGAGCAGAAAUUAUGGAGGCAACGACUGAACUGACGGUUUCUGUAAUAGUGUCACAGGCAAGGAAUCCCAAGUUAGCCUUGUCUUCCCCGAAGAGCCACCCCUGUGAGAGUUGUGGGCUCGUCUUGGGAAACAUUUUCCAGGUGAUGGAGCUGCAGGGAACACAACCCAGACAGAUACUAUUGAGGUGUGGGUCGUGUGAUAAACGAUUUCAUUUCUGUGCAAAAUUUCAACAGCAGCAUGUGACAGAGAAGACUUUCAUUAGAGGUGUGGAGAGGAUCUCACUUGCAAACAGCUGCAAUUUCAAUGUGUCCCAGAAUCAUUUCACAUGCAGGGAGGUUGGGCAGGGUAUCUUUAUGGAGUCAGGACCUCUGCACCUAAAGGCUAUUCAGACCAGGGGCAGUCCAACUGCAAUUUCCACGUGUGGGAUGAUGUUUCAAAGGAGAAAAAAAUAUUACAAUAGAAAAGAAUGUAAGGGAGACAUUAGUUGCACCCACACAGUUAUUCAGGAAAAAGGUGUCCAUCUUGGAAGUUGGGGUUUUGAUUCCUCUGAAUGUGGAAAAUUUUUUACCAAAUUUUCUAGCUUUCAUAAUCAACAGAGAGGUCACACUGGAGAAAAGCCUUAUGAAUGCAGUGAAUGUGGAAAAACUUUUGCACGGAGCAAUGGCCUUCGUUAUCAUCAGAGGGUUCACACAGGAGAAAAGCCUUAUGAAUGCAAUGAAUGUGGGAAAUCUUUUACCCUAAAAACUAGCCUUCGUUAUCAUCAGAGAGUUCAUACAGGAGAAAAGCCUUAUAAAUGCAGUGAAUGUGGAAAUUCUUUUGCACGGAACAAUGUCCUUCUUGAUCAUCAGAGAGUUCACACUGGAGAAAAGCCUUAUAAGUGCAGUGAAUGUGGAAAAUCUUUUCUACGGAGCCAUGUCCUUCGUUAUCAUCAGAGAGUUCAUACAGGAGAAAAGCCUUAUAAAUGCAAUGAAUGUGGGAAAUCUUUUACCCUAAAAAGUAGCCUUCGUUAUCAUCAGAGAGUUCAUACAGGAGAAAAGCCUUACAAAUGCAGUGAAUGUGGAAAAUCUUUUACCCAGAGCAGUGCCCUUCUUUUUCAUCAGAGAGUUCACACAGGAGAAAAGCCUUAUAAAUGCAGUGAAUGUGGGAAAUCUUUUGCACGCAGUGAUACCCUUCGUUAUCAUCAGAGAGUUCAUACAGGAGAAAAGCCUUAUAAAUGCAGUGAAUGUGGGAAAGCUUAUACCACUAGGACUAAUCUUUGUUGUCAUCAGAGAGUGCACACUGGAGAGAGGCCUUAUCAAUGCAGUGAAUGUAAAAAAUCUUUUAGCACUAACACCCGGCUUCGUACUCAUCAGAGAGUUCACACUAAAGAAAAGCCUUAUAAAUGUAAUGAAUGUGGAAAAUCUUUUGCAUAUAGCAGUAGUCUCCAAUAUCAUCAGAGAGUUCACUCUGGAGUAAAGCCUUAUCAGUGCAGUGAAUGCGGAAAAUCUUUUAUGGCUAAGGCUGGCGUUCUUCAACAUCAGAGAGUUCAUACAGGAGAAAAGCCUUAUAAAUGCAGCUAAUGUGGAAAAUCUUUUACCACUACUCGUGACCUUCAUUGUCAUCAGCAUAUCCACACUGGAGAAAAGCCUUAUCAAUGCAGUGAAUGUGGAAAAUCUUUUGCCCGGAGCAAUAAACUUCGUUAUCAUCAGAGAGUUCAUACGGGAGAAAAGCCUUAUAAAUGCAGUGAAUGUGGGAAAUGUUUUAAAAGUAUCAGUGGUCUCCAAUAUCAUCAGAGAGUUCACAAUGGAGAAAGCCCUUAUGAGUGCAAUUAAUAUGAGGUAUCUCUCAGCCAAAUUUCUAAAUUUGCUCUCCACUGGAGUACAAAUGUGAGAAAUUUCUUAGAUGUGUAGGAAAUGUAGUUUCCUAGUUAGAAGUUAACAAUAGUACAAGAAAAUUUGUUAAUCCUCAUUUUUCUGAAUUAUAUCCUAUACAUUUAAUCACCUAUGUUUUGUAAAAUUCCCAUAAGUGUUUUGGCUGUUCUAUGUGUGUUUUUAUGUUGGAACACUAUGUAAUUAUGUUGCACGUUCUAACAUACAGAGAUGUCCUGCCAGAUCUAUGUCACUGCACAUUUCUGUUGCUGAAGGUAUUUCACCUGAACCACCUAUAAGGUCUCUACAGAUGGCAUCAAUCACCAUCCUCCUGUGCCAGGGAAGCUAUGUCUGUUGUCUGAUUUGUCAGCGAAAAUGAGGAAUACCUGAGCCCUUGGUUCUUAAUUUGUUUCCCUGUCUUGUGUUGCCACAUAGGACUCAUUGCUGUUGGCCCCAGUAAACAUAAUGUUACAGAGGGCCUGCCAUUUUCUGGGACACACUUUCUGUAGAUGCUAAUGAUGAGUUUAUUGUGUGCCUAAGUCACCAAUGGAAGAACUGCCAGUCUCAUGUCUCUUUGGUUUGUAAAAUAAUGAAGGCUUUUUCUUAAGACUUCCUCAAUCUGGGGUGUUAUAUUUACUCUGUCGGUUAGUUUAUACGGAGAUCAGGGCUUUCCAAGCGUGUUGAGGUGAAACACUUUUAUGGGGUCUCAAACAUUUUUCCCUUGGGGGAAGCGUAUGGUUAAGAAAUUAGCUCAUCAGUUUUUUGCAAAUUUACAUUGCUGCCCAUAUCUUCCUAGGAAACACUGUGUACACUCUACUUCUCAUAUGAAGAUGUGUGCUUUGAGACACAGAGGUCACUCCAAAGAGGGGGUAGCUGGGACAACCUCAAGUAUGUCUGGGAGCAUGAAUUUUUUUUCCUGUUUGCAAGCGAUGCCAAUACGUGUGAGGUGAAUCUCUUGCCCAGGUCUUGCAGGGGGCCCUGUGCCCUAAUGCCUACAAUAUCACGGGUGAUGGUCACUGGUUUGAGGACAAUGGCAUUCAGGGAAAACCCUUUCACUACAGAAACACUGACCUAAUUGUGGUUGGAUGAGACUGCACCCCUUUAGAUGGAAUAGUCCUCACCUAACUGUGCAUCCAGGAAUUGUUUUGAGGAAAAGUCCACAACAGCUGUUUGUACACAGAUCUGAGGGACUCCAGGGAUAUCUAUCUUCUGUGGUGCAGUCAUUGUCAUCGAUUAUAAUCAAGAUAUUUUGUGGCUCCUGUAGUGUCUCAGAAGUUCUCAGAGCCUUUUUUUGCGCUGGCAUCAAAAGAAAGAUGGAGAAAUUAAAGAUUGAAAUAAUAAUUUAAUCAAAAAUAGAGUACACAAUAACAGAAAAAGAAAGAUGGAGAAAAUGGCUGUCUUUAGUCAGGAAUGUGGCUUUUGUGAGUUUGGGUGAAAGUUCUUCAUUGUUUGUUACAUUUUCUGUCACUGCGAAGAGACUCUCACCCAGAGGGCAUAAGUACUGGUAUUGAAUAUAGAGUUGCCAAACCUGUUCUUCCAGAAUACUAUUGAACCAUUUUUAAUAACUAUAAUGAGUAAAUUACAUGUGUUAAGUAUAGUGUUUCAUAAAUCUUGACAUGUGCAUGAAACUGAAACCAUCAUUAUAGUCAUAAUGCUGACCAUAUCUGUAACUGUGUAAUUGCAUAAUGACCUCUUUUAAUCUGUCCCUGUUCUUCACAGCUUUCCUAGUUUCCAUGGAUUUACAUUCCAUUUUCAUAGAGAAUUUUAUUUUUCUGCUUUAGUUUAUGUUUCAUACAAACUAGGAGUUUUAUUAAAGUUACACUUGUAACUCAUCGUUUUUUCUGAUAUUCUUAUCAUUGAUAUAUCACCAUCAGUUUGCCCACUUUAAUAAAUAUUUGGUCAUUUCUAAUAAAGCUAGUACAAACAUUUCUGUAUAA